CGCGUGUUUUGUGCCAAAUUUUAAAUUUUGUCAGAGUUUGGAAAUAUGUCUUCGCAAAAAAAGGUUACUUUUGCAGAGGAAAAUGAGGAAAAAAGUGGCCGUUUUAAGGGCAAACAUUCGUUAGAUAGCGACGAAGAAAGCGACGGGCAAGGCGAAGGUAUUUUUGUUGCAACCUAGCUUUAAUUUGGCAAUAAUUGAUGUUUUAUUUGCAAUCCAUAUUUCAAAUAAAACAUCAAUUGUCGCCAAAAUAUCAUCAUCUCAUCCUUCACGAGAUAAAACGUCCGGCAUUAGACAAAAUAAUUAAGUAGGGUGCAUUUAAUAGGACACAAUGCAACUUAUAAAUCGUCUGGCGUUACACAGAGUAAAAUCGUCUGGCAUUAGACAGAGCAAAAUCGUCUGGCGUUAACCAAAGCAAAAUCAUCUGGUGCUAGACACAGCAAAAUCAUCUGGCAUUAAACAGAGCAAACUCGUCUGGCGUUAACCAGAGUAAAAUCGUCUGGCGUUAAGCAGAAUAAAAUUGUCUGGCAUUAGAUGGAGCAUUAAUAUAAUAAUGUGGGGCGUUUUAUUGUACAAGGCUAAUGCAAGUACUAAUUAGAAUUAUCAUUAUUCUGACUAUUAUAGACGAGGGAAAUUUGCUUGACGAGGACGAUAUCGAAGGACAAGAAGAAGCAACGAUUGAUCAUGAAGGCGAGGUCACAAUAACACCUUUUAACCUUCGCGAAGAGAUGGAGGAAGGCCAUUUUGACUCGGCCGGGAAUUACUUUGUUAAGAAAAGCAAGGAAAUUCGAGAUGAAUGGCUGGACGGCGUGGACUGGCAAAAAAUCGACGAAAGGGCGGGAAAAAUCGAAAAAGAGAAAGACGACGAACAAUUUGAGGACGCACCUGAUGAAAUUAAUAAAACUACUACGAUGAAAUCGAUUCUCGAAAUACUCAAACCAGGUGAGACUGUUUUGAAAGGAUUGAAACGGCUAGGCGGUAAGACUCAAACGCAGAGCUCCGCCUCGAGAAAAUGGAAGACUAAACGGACAAAGCUGGACGAAAGUGCGGAAACGAAAGACAGCGUUGAAACUACGUCUGAAAACAAGGACUUACUUUUGAAACUGACCGGGUUAGCCGAUGAUCUGUUACAAGCCGGUGUCUUCAGUGUCUAUCAGGACACAUAUGAAAAGUUGGCAUAUCGUGUCAAGGAAAUUGAGAAGGAAAAAGUGGAAGCCCUAGACGAUGACGCCCUUGAAGCCGCGUUUCAACAAGGAAGUGGGGAAACAAGUUCAGCCUCCGUGGAAGCACCCAAGGAAACGUCUGUGGAUGACGACGAGACCAAAUGGUACUACAAAUGGAAAAAUGACGACGAUGCAGAAACUUUUGGACCAUUCGGCAGCACUCAGAUGUUGGACUGGUCCAACGAGGGUUAUUUUGGGAACGGGGUCUGGGUACGAAAAUCGAAUCAGUCCGGGGACUUUUAUAACUCGAAACGUAUUGACUUUGAACUGUAUAUAUGAAUGGUAGUUUAUAACAUUUCUGUAAAUAUAAAGUAUUAAUAAUGAUUAAUAAAGUAAUUUGAC